AUGGCGAAGAACUUGAGAAAGCAUGGGAUUCACUUUUUCCGAUAUGUUUACUGUAACGAUAUGGUUCCUAUAGUUCCCUUUGUUGGAGUGUUCAAGCACUUUGGUACCUGCGUUUACUACAACAGCAAAUAUCAACCAUCGAUAGUAGAUGAAGAACCAUACAAAAACUACUUCUCAAUUGGAGGUUCGAUUGCAAUGCGAAUAAACGCCGUCUAUGAAAUGAUAAGAAGCUUCCUUAUGUGCAACGAGUAUGGACCAGAUUACAGAGAAGGUUGGGUACUUCUUGGCAUGAGAAUCCUUGGUUUGCUGAUUCCUGGUAUACCUGCCCAUUGUGCCCAAGAUUAUGUCAACUCCACUCGUCUUGGAAAGCUCAGCCAUGUUUUUUUCCACCAUUUCCACCAUAAAUAG